GAUAGCAGGCUGGUCUAUCACUCACCAAGGGCCAGCUAUGUAGCAGGUCAGUUUAGACUGUGGACACAAGAAGAGGACCUGAAGGAGACCCACACAAAUAUGGGGCAGGUGGUAGAACUUGCAACCCAGGAGCUCAGGGCAAGGGCACCACCCCCAAGCUUCGGUAGGAGAGGUGUUCUAACUGGAGUUGCUGUCGGCUUGUAAAAUCGGUUCUGUGGAUGCAGAGGUUUGGUGAAGCUGACAGAUGGAUCAGACAGUGGUACAAGUCUCUGAAGAUCAGUUACGGACUUUGCUGUGUCUGUCCCUAAACACUCAGUAGCCGUGUGUUUUGCUAACGAUUUGCGCAAUUUGUUAAAGAAUUUUCUUUAAGUCGACAAAGUGAAAUUGCAAGUAGGUUGAGUUUCCAUUAAUUGACGUCAUGCAAAUAUUUGCCGUUUUUCCUCCCGUGACAUUAAGAUCAACGUCUCAUAUUUCGGCAUGGACGGAGGCUUUCCACGAGUUAGCAGGCGACAACAGGGGUUGGCAGCCCAGUUGAGAGAGCGCGCUUCUGGAUUUUUUAUUUUUAUUUUUCUUAGAAAAAUGAAAACCAUUGGAAGCUGAAAUUUUAUUCCAAAAAAGUCAGCAUCAUUUUUUAUUUGAGGUCAAUAACAAAAUGUAAACAAAUUAUUUUCUUUGUUCCAUGGAAAGCAGAAUGUCCCUUAUUUUCUUAAUUAUAUCAUUCUUAUUUUUGAAAUUGGUCAAGAAGUGUUGUGCUACUUUGAUAAAACGUCCGUUAAUGUAUUUUGUGUCAGUGAAGGGAUUUCCGUGUUUUAUAAUUUCCAGAGAUGCCACAAAAUAGCAACUGUGCUAAACUCCGAAGCUGCCUGAACAGUGAAAGGUUGCAGUCUUGCUUGUUAAUCAGUGUCUCUGUACAGGCUGGAUAUCGAGAAGCUGUCCAAAAAUACAGGCACAAAAAUGGAACUGAACAGGUCAUUUACACGUUUUACUUCAGCAGCUGUGGUCAAGCAGGCGUGCUAUUUUACGCAACCUCAAUAUAUCGGCACAACAUUAGUAUUAUUUCGUCUUUUUCUUCUGGCAUUUUAAGCACAUGGGAAAACCUGAUGGCGUAACUGAAUUUGUACACCUCUGUCCAUCCAUCUUUAAAUUCUCAAUAUUAGUUUUAUUUUUCUUUUUUUGACAUUUUGAGAUCCGUUUUUAGCUGCCUUGUGACACACAAUUUGUUUUAAAAAAGAUUUGUUUCAAUAAUUACACUGCUAUAGGUUACUUUUCAAAGCCUCUUCCCUAGCUUAAAAAUGAGAAGUGAUACCGAGUGGACCAAUUAUUAUUCAGUCACAAGCCACCGAUAAUCAAUGUGUGACAUUUGUGGAAGCCUUUUCAGACUUUUUGAGGCGCUGUAUACGAUCUACAGCGUUCUCGCCGGCCGUAAAGGUGCAUUCUCAACCACAUAUUAUACCGUGCUUACUGAAUUUCAUUGGAAGUGUACUACUCAACUGUCAGUGUAGUUAGUAGUGUAUGUAUGCAUGAUAACCUGCAUUGGAGCCCUAAGCAGACAACCAAAGAGCCAUGGAUUGCCGUCCCCUGCUCUAGAUCUGAUGACUCUCUAUGUACCAUGCAUCUUCCAUUGCAGUUUCGCAAAUUUCUUGUUUUUGGACUCGCCACAAAAACCACCUCAAGUGAACGUAGAGGAUGUGCUUCUUCAGUGCCGCGAGUACCUAGUGAAGAAGAUCAACGUGGACAACUGCGUGCGCAUGCUGAGCAUCGGGGACAUGUUCAGCUGCGCCGAGCUCAAGCAGAGCGCCAAGCGCAUGGUGGAGCACAAGUUCCCCGCCGUCUACAAGCAGGAGGCCUUCCUGCAGCUGUCGCAUGAGCUUCUCCUGGACGUGCUCAGCAGCGACAACCUCAACGUGGAGAAGGAGGAGACGGUGCGCGAGGCGGCCAUGCUGUGGCUGGAGCAUGACAUGGAAUCGCGGUCGCAGCAUCUGUCUUCAGUGCUCAGCCAGAUCCGCAUCGACACGCUGUCCGAGGUCACCCAGCGCGCCUGGUUCCAGGGCCUACCGCCCAACGACAAAUCCGUGGCCGUGCAAGGCCUCUACAAGUCGAUGCCCAAGUUCUUCAAGCCGCGCUUGGGCAUGACCAAAGAGGAGAUGCUGAUCUUCGUGGAGGCGGCGUCGGAGUCUCCAGCCGACGGGCCCGGCUCGGGUUCCCUGCACUCGGCCGUGUGCUACAGCCCCCAGGCCGAGAAGGUCUACAAGCUCUGCAACUUGCCUGGCGACCUCCAGAAGGUGGGCACGCUGGUGACGCCGGACAAUGACAUCUUCAUCGCCGGCGGCCAGAUCCCGCUGAAGGCGGCCGUGGCCAACCACGGCAAGGCCGGCAAGACGCAGGCCGUCUACCGCUCGGUGGACAGCUUCUUCUGGUUCGACGCCCAGCAGAACGUCUGGGUGGCCAAGACGCCCAUGCUGUGUGCCCGCGUCCGGCCCUCGCUGGUGCACUGCAGGGGCUUCAUCUACGCCGUGGGCGGCGACAGCGUCGGCGGAGAACUGAACCGGCGCACCGUGGAGCGAUACGACUGGGAGAAGGACCAGUGGAGCACGGUGAGCCCACUGCCGUGUUCCUGGAGCUGGAGCACUUGUGUGUCGGCGCGCGGCUGCAUCUAUGCUCUGGCCCACGACCUGACGUUUUGCUACUCGCCAGAGGCCGACACCUGGGUAGAGGUGGCCUCCCGCAAGACCAGCCGCUGCUUCUCUUCGGCCGCCGCCCUCGGCGACCUCAUCUUCUACGUGGGCGGCCUGCAUGUGGCCAGUACCUCGGGCCUCCGGCUGCCCACCAGCACUGUUGACGGCUCCUCGGUCGCCGUGGAGGUCUACGACGUCGUCAAGAACCAGUGGCGCCGUGCCGCCAACAUCCCCGCCAAGCGCUACUCGGACCCGUGCGUGCGCGCCGUGGUGCUGCUGGGCUCGCUCUGCAUAUUCAUGCGCGAGACACACAUGAACGAGCGCCCGCGCUACGCCAUCCACCAGUACGACGUGGCGGCCGACCGCUGGUACCCGCGCCAGGCCAUCUCCGAGCGCGUGCUCUGGGACCUGGGCAAGGACUUCCGCUGCGCCGUGGGGAAGCUAUACCCCUCCUGCCUGGAAGUGUCGCCCUGGAAACCCCCGGCGUACCUCUUCGCCCCCGAUGGGGUGGAAGAGUUCGAGGUGGACGGGGAGAUGGUGUCUCUCCCCCACGUAUAGCUCCAAACACCCCCCCUCCCUAUAACCAAGGGGGUUUAGCUGUAACCAGGGUAUUUGGGUCAAUCCGGCCUGCUUCAUGUGUCCCAUAGGGAACAGAAAUAGCAUAAUGAGCAAGCAGGUCACUCCUCUUUCCCCCGGCUGGUCCUCAUUCGCCGGUGUCUCUGCCUCAUCAUCCACCGCCACCCUCAGUAACAGUUCGCCUCAGACUGAAUUAGCACAUAUAUGAUUUAAAUGUUUAGUGUCCCUGUUUCGUUUGAUCCCCGUUUGAUUUGACUUGUUUCCCCCCCUCCCAGUCGGUGCUUCUGGCCCCUUUUACUGUUUUUACAAUGUGACACGUCGGAAGGGACUGCCGUCACAAUCGCCAUGACAACGGUUACUGUAAGAGAACGUUUCUCCUGCCCCCCCCCCC